UCUCUCUCUAGCUUUCUAGUUUCAACGCUCACACCCCCAAUAAUAACUCGCUCUCUGGCUUUCAAAUUUCAACUCUCUCUCGACCUUUCUAGUUUCAACACUCACACCCCCAAAAUAACUCUCUCUCUAGCUUUCAAGUUUCAACUCUCUCCCUCCCUCUCUCUCUCUCUCUCUCUCUCUCUCUCUCUCUGUCUCCUGGUUCAUUUGCAAGAGCAACGGCCAGACCAGCCGUCCCUCUGUCAACAAAAAGUCCUGUCCCCUCUUUCUCUCUCUACAAGUAAUCCUCUCAGCUGCGCUCUCUUCACUCUCUCUCUACCUUCUACUUGUUUGACUCCGUACAUUUGAGCUACAGGGUGUUCUCUCUCUUCCUCUCUCUAAGCAUAGAGGAGUGAGAGUGCUCCAUACACCAAUGGACGCAUCUCAUCUCCUCUGUCGUCGUGUCCAAUCUCGCUUGUCUCCCUUUCUUACUGCCUCGGAGCAAAGGAAUUGCAGAGCAUUUCAACAUAGAUUCUUAAGGGAGAGGCGAAGAAGGACUUUAAUUCGGGCUGUUGCCACUGGGCCAAGAACUGACGCUGAAACUUCGGCGAUUAUGAAAUCAAAACCCUUGAAUGGGACGAAAUCAAAAUUGAAUGGCACUUACAAGAGUCUUGGCAAUGUUUCAGAUGACAUUAAGAACUUUAGGGCACAGAUGGAGGAAGAUGAACAGUUGGCUUCUCUUAUGAGGGGUCUUCGGGGCCAAAAUUUGUCUGAUUCUCUGUUCGCUGCUGAUGAUGUCCAGCUUCGACUUGUAGAGGUCUCAGAUUCUCAAGGCAGCGAGACAUUACCUUUAGUUUAUGAUCCUGUUGUUAUUUCAUCUUAUUGGGGCAAACGUCCUCAUGCAGUCGCAACACGUAUUGUUCAGUUAUUGUCGGUGGCUGGUGGAUUUCUUUCAGGGUUAUUAUGGGAUGUUAUUAACAAGAAGGUUAAGGAGAAUGAAGUCGCGCGGGCCAUUGAACUGAGAGAGAUUGUGACCUCUUUAGGACCAGCAUAUAUAAAACUUGGACAGGCUCUGAGCAUUCGACCUGAUAUAUUGUCUCCUGCUGCCAUGACUGAGUUGCAGAAGCUUUGCGAUAAGGUUCCUUCUUUCCCAGAUAAUGUAGCAAUGACUCUCAUAGAAGAGGAACUUGGUCAGCCAUGGCAUGAGAUUUAUUCUGAGCUCACUGUGUCCCCUAUAGCUGCUGCAUCUUUGGGGCAAGUAUAUAAGGGGCGACUGAGAGAAAACGGGGACAUAGUGGCUGUUAAAGUGCAGCGUCCAUUUGUGCUUGAGACUGUAACCGUAGAUUUAUACAUUAUUCGAAAAUUGGGACUCGUUUUGCGAAGAUUUCCCCAGGGAAGGCAAGAGGAGUCUAUCAAAAAAGGGAAGUAUGGAGAUAGUCCCUGUUCCAAUUGUAAGGUUGUUAUACCAAAGACAUAUAGCAAGUAUACCUCAAGGAAGGUUCUCACCACUGAAUGGAUAGAAGGAGAGAAACUAUCGCAAAGUACCGAAGAUGAUGUUGGAGCCCUUGUGAAUGUUGGGGUUAUAUGUUACCUUAAGCAGUUGCUUGAUACUGGGUUUUUCCAUGCUGAUCCACAUCCAGGAAAUAUGAUCCGAACUCCUGAUGGGAAGCUGGCUAUACUCGACUUUGGUCUUGUUACCAAAUUAACUGAUGAUAAAAAAUAUGGGAUGAUUGAAGCAAUUGCUCAUCUUAUUCAUCGAGAUUAUGAUGCGAUUGUCAAGGAUUUUGUCAAGCUUGAUUUUAUCCCAGAGGGAGUUGAUUUAAAUCCCAUCUUACCAGUUCUAGCUAAGGUUUUUGAUCAGGCCCUUGAAGGAGGAGGAGCAAAGAACAUUAAUUUUCAGGAGCUGGCCUCAGAUCUGGCUCAAAUCACAUUUGAUUACCCAUUCCGAAUACCACCUUAUUUUGCUUUAAUAAUAAGAGCAAUUGGUGUGCUGGAAGGUAUUGCUUUAGUGGGCAACCCAGAUUUUGCUAUUGUGGAUGAGGCAUACCCAUAUAUUGCACAGAGACUCUUAACAGAUGAAUCGCCCAGGUUGAGGAGUGCUUUACGUUACACAAUAUAUGGAAAGUCUGGUGUUUUUGAUGCUGAAAGGUUCAUCGAUGUCAUGCAAGCCUUCGAAAAUUUUAUUACUGCAGCAAAAAGUGGAGGAGGGGAGGAUUUGAAUGGUAACAUGGCAUCCCUUGGUGUUUUGCCGAGUCAGACUGAAUCUCUUUUUCCUAUGUUGCCAUCAAGUUCGAUGCAGCCUCAGCAGAAUGUCCAAACAAGGGCAGCUUUAGCUUUUCUACUAUCUGAUAAAGGGAACUUCUUUCGAGAAUUCAUUCUAGAUGAGAUUGUGAAAGGUAUUGAUGCUAUAUCCAGAGAUCAGCUAGUACAGAUUACAUCAGCAUUAGGAUUUGGAAGAUUGACUCCAAUGCUCAGCAUGGUUCCAGUCCUUGGGAGCUUCAAACCUACAGCAUUUAUACCUACUGUGACUGAGGAGGAUAGAGUUGCACUCAACAAUGUUCAGAAAGUUGCUGAAUUCCUUGUCACUGGAACAUCACAACCAAUAGCUGCAAAUCGGGAUGUAGAUAUCACCCGUGUCAUUCGAGACCUUCUCCCAGUUUUGCCAGGAAUUUCAGCUCGUGUGCUUCCUGAAAUACUAAGCCGAUUAUCUUCGCGAGUGAUGGCCCGACUUCUCCGUGAAGCAUUCUUGUAGUGUAUUUUGUAGAUGCCUAUAACUCAAAUGGGUCACAGAUGGGGGACCGCGCAUACUCAACGCACCCUAAGGACGAUACGAUUUCAUCCGACGGUUUUUCAUCUUACGGAGGAGGCCUAUCUGAACUACGAGCCUGUGGCGAUGUGCAGGCGGAUUUUCUAGGUCAGGCCUAUCUGAACUACGAGCCUGUGGCGAUGUGCAAGUGGAUUUUCUAGGUCAGGCCUAUCUGAACUACUAGCUGCGGAUUUUCUAGGUCAGGCCUAUCUGAACUACUAGCCUGUGGCGAUGUGCAAGUGGAUUUUCUAGGCCCUAUCUGAACUACUAGGUGCGGAUUUUCUAGGUCAGGCGUAUCUGAACUACUAGCUGCGGAUUUUCUAAGUCAGGCCUAUCUGAACUACGAGCCUGUGGCGAUGUGCAAGUGGAUUUUCUAGUUCAGUCCUAUCUGAACUACUAGCUUGUGGCUAUGUGCAGGCGGAGGCCUAUCUGAACUACUACGAGCCUGUGGGGAUGUGUAGACGGAUUUUCUAGGUCGUUUGGGUCUUGUGGAUGAGUAAUGAGUUAUGUUUGUGUCUGGUUUCAAAACGCAGACUACCCAACCCUAGGCGGCGACCGCUUAGACGGACGAUCGUCCAGGUGGGCAGCCCUAUGGACAGCCCUAGCAGUCUCUUAGACGUGCGGCCGCCCAAGGCCUAGGGGCGGUUGCUUAGGUGAGUGGCCCCUAGUCGGCCGCUAACUCAGGUGUCAA